AUGUCGAGGCUCCUCUUUGCUUGCUCCAUAGCCUUACUUCUGCUGCCUCUAGUCUUCCAAACCAGCAACUGCAACGAUGCCAAUCUCUCUGCCCCUUCACGUGGCAAUCAUAAUAUUAGCUAUCCUUUUAGACUAGACAGUGAUCCGUUAAACUGUGGGAACCUUUCCUAUACCCUCCACUGCGAGAAAAAUACCUCCACAGUAUUGUAUUUGGAGUCACGAAAAUACUACGUGCAGGCAAUCAACUACAACAACUUGACAGUUCGAGUGGUUGAUGCAGGGUUUAAAGAAAAUGAUUGCUCUUCUCUUCCUAAGCUUUCUUUAACAUAUGCUACCUUCCGGCCGAAAUGGUUUCCCAAAAUCCAUAUUCGAGUGGUGGAUCUCCCUUUAUCGCAGAUGAUGCAUUCAUAUGUGAAUGUUGGUGGCAUGGAGGCCUCGGAUUUGGUGGCACUGUGCAGCUUAGAGAUGAUAACGUUGUUGGCAGCCAAGGAUUACAAGAAUAUGCCCUUCGAAGAAAUUCACAGUCAGCUGGCAUAUGGGUUUGAGCUUUCAUGGCACAAUAGUAGUUGUGGAAGUUGUGUGUAUAGCUGUUACGUCGAUGAUUCGUAUCAUGGACACUGCACAGAAGUGCUGGGGCUUGUAUCCUAUUCCAUUGGUUUUAACGUCUUCUAUGUUUCACUGACUCAAGACUUUUUAUGGAAAGUUCACACUCUUUCUCCACCCAUGUCUAGGCUCCUCUUUGCUUGCUCCAUAGCCUUACUUCUGCUGCUUCUAGUCUUCCAAACCAGCAACUGCAAGGGUAACAACCUCUGUGCCUCUUCAUGUGGCAAUCAUAAUAUUAGCUACCCUUUUAGACUAGACAGUGAUUCAUUAAACUGUGGGAAACUUUCCUAUACCCUCCACUGCGAGAAAAAUACCUCCACGGUAUUGUAUUUGGAGUCACGAAAAUACUACGUGCAGGCAAUCAACUACAACAACUUGACAAUUCGAGUUGUGGAUGCUGGUGUUAAAGAAAAUGAUUGCUCUUCUCUUCCUAAUUUUUCUUUAACAUAUGCUAGCUUAGAUUUCAGAAAUCCAUAUACAUGGUUUCUAUACAAGAAGAAAGGGCCGAAAUGGCUUCCCACGAUCAAGGAACUGAUCCCUUUAUCGCUGACGAUGAUCUUCAUGAACUGUGAAAAUGCAGUGAAUUCGCCUCUUUAUGUUGACACUGGUACUUGCCUUAAUGGAGCAAAAUCUUCCAAUGUUUCACUCUUGAAACAUUCUUAUGUGAAUGUUGGUGGCAUGAAGGCCUCGGAUUUGGUGGCACUGUGCAGCUUAGAGAGGAUAACGUUGUUGGCAGUCAAGGAUUACAAGAAUAUGCCCUUCCAAGAAAUUCACAGUCAGCUGGCAUAUGGGUUUGAGCUUUCAUGGCACAAUAGCAGGUGUCGAAGUUGUAUGGGUAGAUGCUACGUCGAUGAUUCGUACCAUGGACACUGCAGAGAAGAUUUUUGGGACGUGACCGCCGUAGGGUUGUUGCUAUCCAUUGACAUUGACCAAACACAAGGACCCUACUUUGCAUUCAGUUGGUUAAACGACAACAACACAUUCCAAGCAGGAGAUGUUGCAACUAUAAAGAUUAAAGUACUAGGAGAAUUCCACAGGACUAAAGCAAAUGCUUUUAGUCCUAACAUAACAGUGAAUGGCAAGAUGGGGAAUUCUGGUUUUGUUUCUGGGGUUUUACUUGAUGUUGCAGGAGAAGAUACAAAUAGUUGGAGAAUUCUUUUUACUCCAAUAAGGGUUGGAGUUUUUAAUGUUUUUAUUGAAGAUGGCCCUUUUCAUGUCUUUGAUUCUUCUCUCCAUUUUGAAGUUAAACCAGGGAAAAUAUAUGCAUCUGUCUGCAUUCCAUCAUGGAGGGAUCUCGUAAACGAGUUUGAAGCUGGGGCUAAAGCUACAGUUUUGAUUGUUCCUAGAGAUGCAUUUGGGAAUAAUGUUUCUUCAACUGGAGAAGAACUAAGUCCUUCUAAUUUUACAGUGUCCGAACUUUACGGGAACGGUACCAUUGCUAAUUUGCCAAACAUCACUCAUAUAGGUUGGAAUGAAUUCGGUCACAUCAUCCUUGAGUUUAUUGCUACAAAAGCUGGAAACUUGUUGUUGCAUGUGGAAGGUGGAAAUCAGACCUUGAAUGGCUGUCCGCUUCCAUAUAAGGUGAAUCCAGGUGAUGUUCUGUAG